UACAUAUCUACAUAGGUUAUGAAAAACGACGCAAUGCAGCGACAGGAGAAAAAGGUUGAAAAUAAAUAUAAGUUUAAUAAUGAUUCAAGAAUAUCAAAAAGUGAAAAGAUAUUUGACAAGAAAAAAUAUAGAAUGAAGAAGUAUAGUAAUAAAUAUAAGGUUGAUAAAUGGCAACUACGAACAACGUUAGCUAUUUUACGUGAUUUUUAUAAACAAUAUCACAAGGAUGAAUAUGGUCAGCAGAAUAAAUCUGAAUUUAAAACUGAAACGAGCGAGCCAAAAAAAAGUCUCAGCUUUUUUGACAUAGCAAGGAGUGAAUAUUUACAAAAGAAGGCAGAUAAGAAAAGAAAGAAAGAAGAAAUGUUAAGAAUAAAAACGGAAAAGGAAGAAGCUUUACGGAAAUACAAGGAGAAAAAAAUGCAAAAGUAUAAAAAGUUAUCGAAGAAAACGAAGAAGGGUCAGCCCGUGAUGAAGGAGAGAAUAGAACUUUUAUUGCAAAAAAUACAACAAGAUAAAAACAAUGGGAUUACUAUGUAAAUUAUAAAUUUAAAAAUAUAUUUAAAUCUAAAUUAUAUAUAUUUAGAUGCAAGUAUAUGUGUGUUACGAGUUGAAUUAGCUCGUACGUAGAUUAUUUUCAUUAAACGUUAUUUUCAUGAAUGUACAAAAGAAUAGAAAAGAAAUAAAAUGAUGAGCGACUGAUCAGAAC